AUGGUGAAGAACUUCUCUGUGGACUGGCUCGCUCAGAGCUAUCACAACUCUAAACAUGAUGAUGAAACCAAUGAGACUCAGGCGGUGAGGAGACAUGUACCAUGCUUGGUUCAGCCAAGGCCGCCGACUUCUUAUGAUAAGAUUUACAUUCAGCCUAAACAGAAGUGUCGCCAGACUGAACAGAAUACCACCACAGAUGAAUCGAAGGAGAACAUGUUUACUCCACCAGCAGUAAGGAACUGCUCCUCUCCAAGCUCUUCGGAAAACAGUGGAUACUCCUCCGGGUACGAGAGUGAGGCAGCUACAUCUGAAUGUCUAUCCAUUGAGGAUGGAAGUGAAUAUGAAAAAGAUGGAGGUGUCCAGCGCAGAAUUAGAACCAAAUUCACCCCAGAGCAGAUCGUCAAGCUGGAGAAGCUCUUUAGAAAGCAUAAAUAUCUAGACGCAAGUGAGAGGGCCAAAGCUGCGCAGAAACUCAACCUCUCUGAGACUCAGAUUCGAACCUGGUUCCAGAACAGGAGAAUGAAAAUGAAGAGGGAGGUGCAGGACAUUAGGCCCGACUACGCACUCCAAGCUUUGCCGCAUGUCCUCUUCCCAGCUAUCACAUCUCUUCCACUUCAGUGCUACAGCGGACAACGUGUGUCUUACCCCCCGGUUCACCACAUCCCGAGCCAACAUGUGAUUCCCCCGAUGCCUGUUCAUCACCCCAUGUCGCACCAGCAGAUCCAUCAGCAGAUGCCCAAGCAGUUCAUCCCUCAGCACGGACACAUGAUUCCUGUGCAGCAAUACUAUUAACCUGAACUGAAAUACUGGAGGAUAUUAGACACUUAUUUUAAUGUGCAAUAUGUACAUUUGUGUAU